CACAUAUCUAGCUAUGACAAACAAACAGCUGUUUUAUAUGUAUUUUGUUUAUCACGUAUUAAAAUCUACAUUUAAGAAAAAAAUCUAAAUUUUUAUAAAGAAUUUAUUAAUUUUAUACGAAAUUCAAAAAUGGAACAACAAUUAGAAAAAGUUUUAAAUGAUAUUAAUUCGCAGCCAGAAACUGUGGGCUGUCUAAUAACAAAUCGUCAGGGUCUUUGUCUAGGAGCUAAAGGUAAAAUAAAUCCCAAAAUGUCAGGCAUUGGUAUGGCUUUAUCAGAACAGGCUUGUAAAUUGGAACCAAAUCUAAAUCCGCCCACAAUUGUUUUGUACAGUGGGAACAAACGAUGCAUUAUACAAAAAGAUGGUGAAAUUACUGGCAUUAUAUAUAAACAAAGUUCCAAUUAGUUGUAAUUGUUUGUUUGUUGGAUGGAUGGAUGGUUUGAUUGAUAGUUGGAGGGUGGGGUUCAUAGCGUCAUAGUUGUGUGUUUUGUAAGCGGCCAUACGGAAAACAAA